AUGAGCAAAAAUGGUUUCGACAGGCCGCUCGGCGGAAGGGGAGCUCCAAGAUUGUCAGAGUAUAACUUCAGUGUUGAUGCAACAAGCAUCGUAUCAGCCAUUGGAUGCAUCAAGGAGACCAAGUGGCCUCGACCAUUGCAAUCCGACCCUACCCAGAGAGAUCAUAACCAGAUGAGUAAGUAUCAUGGCACUCAUGGCCACAGGACCGAGGACUGCCGACAAUUAAGAGAAGAAGUUACCCGGUUGUUCAAUAACGGGCAUCUCCGGGAAUUUCUGAGUGAUCGAGCCAAAAACCACUUCAAGAAUAGGGACUCCAACAAACAGGCCGAACAAGAAAAACCUCAACACGUCAUCAACAUGAUCAUUGGAAGGGUUGAUGUCCCACAGGGACCGAUGAUAAAGUGCACUAAAGUAUCUAUUACGAGGGAAAAGCGCACCCCAGAUCAUAUCCCGGAGGGAACCAUUUCAUUCAGCGACGAGGAUACCAAAGGAUUCGUACAGCCUCAUAAUGAUGCACUGGUGAUAUCUGUGCUUAUAAAUAAAUCUCAAAUUAAGCAUGUGUUGAUUGAUUCGGGCAGCCCGGCCAACAUCAUCAAAUCGAGGGUCGUAGAGCAAUUAGGGUUACAGGAUCGAAUAGUACCGGCGAUUCGGGUGUUGAACAGAUUUAACAUGGCUUGCAAAACUACUAAAGGAGAAAUAACUUUGCCAAUGAAUAUCGUCGGGACAAUUCAAGAUACAAAAUAUUACGUGAUCGAAGGGGAAAAGAGUACCCUCAACACUGCACUAGGCACUAAAGUUCCCUACGCUGAGAGGAGUCAAGACGGUACACGGAGAGCAGCCGACCACAAAAGAAAUGUUCGCAGUCGACGAGGUGAUCCCAGUGCCCGUGAUCUCAACAUCAAAGAACACGGAGCCGAACAGGAAGGAAGAAAUUAA